UUUCCCUAGAAAACACUUAUCAUUACUAGUUACUAGAUCCAAUGUUCACUUCAGUGACUUGAAUUAUUUUAUUAACCAUGGCAUGAGUUUUAAUGUCAAAAGUAUAUUAUAAUAUAAUUUAAACAAACGAGUGAAUAUGGGGAAAACAACAAAAGUAGUUGUUUGUGGAAUGAAAGGUGUUGGAAAAACUGCGCUGUUGGAACAACUCAUAUACGGAAAUGUCAAUGUCAAAACAGAAAUUCACCCUACAAUCGAGGAUAUUUAUGUUGCAAAUAUAGAAACGGAUCGCGGUACAAAGGAAAAAGUACGAUUUUAUGACACUGCAGGGCUAGAAUCUCUUCAGAAUAAUGUGAAUAAUCAGCAGUUGCCGCGACAUUAUCUCGGUUUCGCUGAUGGAUACAUUUUAGUUUAUGAUACUGCAAAACCUGAAUCCUUAGAUGUAUUAUUUCCAUUAAAAAAAGACAUUGACAGGAAUAAAGAUAAGAAAGAAAUAAUUGUGAUUGUUGUUGGGAAUCGAACUAAAACUGAAGAAGAAUCUCAUAGUUUGGAGAAUAUAGCAAGUAGAGCUGCAAAUUGGUGUACUAGAGAGAAAGUGAAACAUUAUGAAGUAAAUGUUAUGGAUAGGACAAGUUUGUUUGAAGCAUUUGUUAAUUUAUCGUCUAGAUUAAAUCCUCCUACCAAUAAGAGUACAUUCCCGCAGUUAAGUAUGGGUAGAAAAAAUAUCAAGGUUGAAGGACUUUAA